CCCAAGUCGUCAUCUUAAUUUACUCGUUUAGGAGGAGGGGUCCAAGGCCUUUUGUCUUUAGCGCUGGCUGGGACUGAUCCUUCCACUGGGAUCUGGCUUUUUGAAAUCCUUAAAAGCUUAUUAUUAACUUUGUGGCCUAUUUCUCCUACUUCUUCUUCAACUGCCCCAACCACCCCUUCAAGUAGUUGUUGGUUGCAGAGCUUCUUGCUUUCACACUCCUUUGCUACUCACGUUAGGGCCCCAUACCAUCAAAGUUUCUUUGACCCAAAAUGGAAUCAAAUGCCAAUACAAUAGGUAUAUGUGUGUGUAAAUGGUAUCUUUUUGACUGGCAAAGCAAAGAUGAGUGGAAACCCCCAGGAAAAAAGCCCCCCCCCCCCCCCCCCCCCCCCCCCCCCGGGUUUGCUUGACUAUCCUCGUAGUACACAUUGAUCCCUAGUUGUUGUUUGUUGACUCCCUGCUUUUAGAACGGGACCCAGAAUGGAUUUUGCUCUGACCCUUCCUGUGGAAUUUCCCAUCUUUUGUGUAACCAAACAACGUUCAAGAAAUUUUUAGGCAUCUUGUAUUGGUACAAUGGAUUUUUCUCGCGAAUUCAAGUUAUGAAAAUAACUUUAUUUAAAAAAAUUAGUUAAGGGAAUAUACAUACUCACAUACAACCGUAUGGAAGACAUAUCCCAAUUACAAAGGUUGAAUAGUCAAUAACCCAAAUUAUAGAAAUUCUAUAUGAAAACUUGUCCUUCAAAAAAGUUUAAUUCCUGGUUAUGUAACGGAAAGUUAAUAAAAUCUUUCGCCGUGAGACUAAUCUGCUAAGAAACAAUUUCCAUACUAGCCAGUAAUUGUAGUCGUCCCUAAGGGUGGUUAUACCUUUAAUUCAUUGUUUAUUUAGGUAGUAUUUGUUAAAAUGAGAUACAAAUUCUAUCAAAAUAAUUUAUUUGUAAAGUUCAAGAUAAAAAAUUAUGUUAUUUUUUUAAAAUUUAAUAAAUAUAAUAAAAAAUAUUUUUAUUUGAAAUAUUUUUUUUUAUCUUUUUUGAUCUAUAUUUUUAUUAACAAAUAGAUGAACACGUAAAGUUUGAUUACGAGUAUAUAAAAAAAAAAAAAAAUUGGUUUGAAGAGACUUCUCAUUUAUGACAUCCUGUAAUACUAUGCGUACUUUAUUUGGUUUUCCUGAUUUCCAUGAACAUGACGGGUAACUUGCAUUAUAAUUUUCUCUUAGUAACCCAUGUUUUUGAACUGAGUUGACAACAUUGAAAUCAGAAUUCCACAGCCCACCUGAGAAUUAAUAUUAAUAUGAGACGGAUAAUUUAACCACUCUUACAAUAAUGUCCAAUAUCAACAAAGCAGUUAAUCAUAAGGAAUCCUAAUAGUGAAUUUGGGUUCUCAUUAAUAGGCAAUAUAUAUGUAUAUAUCCAUGUAAUUUUAUAGUGACAACAAUCUUAGUUUUAAUUUAUUUCAUAUCACUUUCAAUACUUUUAUCUCAUACAACAAAUUCUGUGUCUUUUCUUGUCGCAUCACUCACGUGCAAGGCCUUUGGCUUCUGAGGGUCUGCAUCAAUCCGUCGUCUUAAAAAAUACAGGGCCCCAUUGGUAACAUAAUAAUAUCAUCAUUUACUCUCCACUAGCUGUCAACCAAACCACUAUUCCUGGUCAAUCAAAGCCAGCCGCCGUCUCCAUCAUUCAUUCAAACCUUCAAAAGCACAGCCAUCUCCGCUGCCAAAAUCGAAUCGAAUCCCCCGCACUCCGCUGGCCGCCACCCAAUUCCAGAUGCCUCCCCUCUUCUCCUCCUCCAUUCUCACCGCCGCCGUCCUCCUUCUCAUCUUCUCCGGACACUUCGCCCCCUCCCCCUCCGCCACCGCCACCACCUUCCCCAACUGCCAACGCAACUUCACCUGCGGCUCACUCCGCGACAUCACCUACCCAUUCACCGGCGGCGACCGCCCCUACUACUGCGGGCCGCCGGAGUUCAACCUCACUUGCCGAGACGAUACCUACGCCGAGAUCACCAUCAACUCCGUCGCCUACCGAGUCCUCGACAUAGAGCAAACCCAGCAAACUCUCGUCCUCGCCAGGUUGGACCUAUGGAAUAAAACUUGCCCGGAAAGAUUCAUCAAUUCCACCUUCAAACCCAGCCCUUUCAGCUCCGGGGUUCGCAAUCAAGAUCUGACGUUGGUCUAUGGCUGCGUCUCCGUUAGGAACAACUACACUUUUUACAACCGGUUUACCUGCGCGGUAAAUGGAAUCAAUGCGACCGAUUCCUUUUACAUUGUCGGGCCCGUUCCGGUUGAUCCCAUACUGCAUAUACUUACUACAUGUCAUUUCACCGUCAAAGUUCUGGUGCUCAGUGAAGCGGCCGAAAAACUCUCCAGCAACCAGACUACCGUUGCCGGAGCUUUGAUGAAGGGAUUCAACGUUAAUUAUAGAGACCCGCAUGCCGGCAACUGUUUAAGAUGCCUCCAGUUUGGCGACCAAUGUGGAUAUGACCACAGUUCUGGUGAACCCAUUUGCAUUUGCGGUGACCAAAGAUGCUCCGUUCCAAAAGAAAAGGAAAGUCAAACAAGUACCAGCCCUUCAAAGAAGGCCUCAACUGAUUUAGCCCUUUUCAUAACCGGCGCCAUUGUAGCCGGCAUUGGUAUAGGAUGGGGUAUCUUUGCCUGUAGACAACGGAGAAAGCGCAGAGCUGCUCAAUCUUCCCUUCAAUCUUCCCAGUCUUUGGAGGCUAAAAGCAAAGAUAUUCCAUCCCUUCUUCCAGUAAGCAGCAGCCCUAUAGCUCAUUCUUCAACAAAUUACUCCAAAAGCAUACCCUCUUAUCCCUCCCCGAAGUCUGAGAUUGGAAAGGCGAGCACCUACUUUGGAGUUCAGGUCUUCAGCUUUACAGAACUUGAAGAAUCCACUGACAAUUUUGAUCCUUCUCGAGAGCUCGGAGAUGGAGGCUUUGGCACAGUGUACAAGGGCAAGCUCCAAGAUGGUCGUGUGGUUGCAGUGAAGCGCCUAUAUGAGAACAACUUCAAACGCGUGGAGCAGUUCAUGAAUGAAGUCGAGAUCCUGACUCGUCUACGCCAUGAGAACCUAGUGACACUGCAUGGAUGCACAUCAAGGCACAGCAGAGAACUCCUCCUUGUUUACGAAUACAUCCCUAAUGGAACAGUGGCUGAUCAUUUACAUGGAAGACGAGCUAAUUCUCGUUUGCUUUCUUGGCCUAUCCGCCUAAACAUUGCAGUGGAGACAGCCGAAGCACUUGCCUACCUCCACGCAUCAGAUACCGUACACCGUGAUGUCAAAACCAACAACAUUCUUCUAGACAAUGAUUUCCAUGUCAAGGUGGCUGAUUUUGGGCUCUCGAGAUUGUUCCCCAACGAUGUUACCCAUGUGUCCACCGCCCCACAAGGUACACCAGGCUAUGUCGAUCCUGAAUACUAUCAAUGCUACCAACUUACCGAGAAAAGUGAUGUAUACAGUUUUGGGGUGGUUUUGAUAGAGCUAAUCUCAUCAAAACAAGCUGUGGAUACCAAUAGGGACAGGCAAGAUAUUAAUUUGGCUAAUAUGGCUGUCAACAAAAUUCAAAAUCAUGCAUUGCAUGAGUUAGUUGAUCCAUCCCUUGGGUUUGAAACAAACAGUUCCACCAGGAGGAUGACUACAUUGGUGGCAGAGUUAGCUUUCCGAUGUUUGCAAGCAGAGAAGGAUAUGAGGCCUACCAUGAAAGAAGUACUGGAAGCAUUGAGAAGGAUUAAGAAUCAAGAACUGAAUGCAGAAAAACCAGAGGUAGUGGACAUUGUUAUAGAGGAUGAAGUUGGGCUUUUACAGGGAAGCCAUCCGCCAGUGUCACCGGAUUCAAAUGUCGGAGAGAAGUGGUUUAGCAGCUCGACCACACCUAAUUCUAGUGGCUGAUAUGUCCUCAUUUUCCCUGAAGGGCAAAAAUAGAUGGUUGAAGUUGAAGAGCGCAUUACUUACAUUCUGGAUGAGAAUCACGUAAUAGGUUAGUUGCUACUGGAUACCAUCUACUUGGCUUUGUUAUCUAUGGUUCAUAGGCAAGUUAUUGCUAGGUUAAAGGGGAAGAUUGUACAUGGUAAAUGGAGCUGCCCACUACUUGAAAUGUCAAUAUACGUUGGUUUUGGUAUGUGGUUCAA